AUGGCUUCUAAGCUAUUGGACAGACUGAGACGGACACUGUUCAAAGAAGGAGAAGUAGUCUCUAGGGAGCCAAUUGAUGUACAAGAGGACAGCUUCCCAGAGAGUUCUGAGUUAGAAGACGAUACAGAGUGUCUAUCAGAGCGGCUUGGGGGAACACUCCGCUUCGAUGUGGAGAGCGCCAUGGAAUCAGAAGACCCAGGUGAGGCCUCAGGACCAGACAGUGAUUCGGACUUCCUUGGAGAGUCUGUAGAGGAUGGAUUCAGCAGCACAGGUAAUGUAGACCUUAGCAGCAACUGAAAUAGGUGCCGGUACUGUUUUGUGUUUAGUUGCAGGAACUUCGCAAUACUUUUAACCCAAUAUUCUACGAGGUGCAGGAACUCAAGCUGUAGAAUAUUUGAGGCGCCGGUACUCAGUUCUGGCUCUAUUCACAACUGUGAUAUGUAUGGACAAUAAUGUACUAUUAGGCCCAGUAAACUGAAACAGUCUGACCAGAAUAACAGUAGCAUUCAUUCAUUCCACAGUAUCCUGUUUUCUUGAAAUUGCAAAUUUCACUUCAGGUUUUUCAGUCUGUGAUCUUUCUCAGUUUAGAUGAGUGGUUUUAGGGCAGUCUGAUCUUUUUCAGUUUAGAUUAGCGGUUUUAGGGCAAUCUGAGCUGACAUUUCUCUCUUUCUUUCUCAGACACCAGCCCAGUGGGCCCAUCUCCAGGAGGCUCAUCCCUGCUCACACAUCAGCUGCAGGAGAGCUGGAGGAGCUUACGGAGCCGUAGUGUGCCUGACAAGCUGGUGUUUGAAGUGACUGAUGCCAGUGUGGUGCAAGAGAGCUCCUCCAAGUAUGUGGUAAGUGUGAAAACAGCAGAGAUGAAAGUCUAGUCCCUGGCUAAGCCUGUGUGUGACACCUCUCCCCCUCCUCAGCUCUACACCAUCCAUGUGAUCCAGUCUGGGAUGUUUGACAAAACCCCCGCCGUCAUCACCCGGCGAUACACCGACUUCGAGCGUCUGCACAGCCGACUUCGUCGUCGUCACAGGGUCGACAUGGAGCGCGUCUGUUUCCCCCGCAAGAAGCUGCGUAAGAACUUUGUGGCCGAGACCAUCGCCAAGCGUAGCCGGGCGUUUGAGCAGUACCUGACCCACAUGCACUCGCUGGCUGAGCUGCGGAGCUCGGCCACCUUCCUGGAGUUCUUCUACCUGGGUGACCUGCAGGCUGGUCAGAUGCUGAUGCGUGUGGGCCGUUACCAGGAGGGCCUGGGCCCUCUGCUCAACGGCCUGAGGCUCCAGGAGAAGCUAGGCUGUGAGCAGCAGGGGAAGCAGCAGCCUCACCACCAGCAGCGCACUCACUGGCUCUUCACCCUGCUGGCCCUGGUGACCUGCUUCCAGGAGCUGGAGCAACUGGGGGAGGCCCAGGAGUACUGUGACCGAGCCUUGAAGGACCUGGCCCCCUCACCGGAGGCCCUGCAGCAGCACCACUUUCACCCACUGCUCAUCCCGCUCCUCCAGGCAAACGUCAGACUGUCGUGGAAGAUCUCCAAGGAUAAGCGGCGGUGGGAGGUGCUGCUGCAGGAGAUCCAGGACUCUGGGGCUGAUGUAGGGAACCAGCCCAGCCUGAAGGAGUACCUGAUAAAGGAAGCCCUGGUGGAGAGCGAGGGAGACACUAAGGCCAAGGUCAAAGGGGACAACAUCACUUAAUCCAAAGAUAAUGGUACUCAUAGUUAGUUAUGAGGAAUGCACUUCAUGUAGCCUAUCCUAGUAAUGAGGGCGUUGGUCUCUUUUGACAUGUAUUUUCCACAGCACUCUAGAGCAGUCUGGAUUGUUACUGACGUUCUAAUUAAUACACUCAACUGACCAAGUCAUGCACAAUAAGUAGAAAACAAUCAAGUAUUUACUUUGCUUUACCUUGUAAAUUGAAAACACUAAAGUUAUUUUGAUCAUUAUAUUUAUGAUACAGCUGCUUUGUAGCAAAUACAAAUAUUUUUAUUAAACUUAUUUUCCCAGGUCAAUAUUUCAAGUAUUGCUGCUUUUAAAACCUUUUUUUAUUUCUUACCUUUUAAUUAAUAACUUUUAGGAUGAUAAAAGGAUCGAACAGUUAAUUUUGAUAAGGGAACAGGAAUUUAAGGCAAAUCUUCCACUAACUAUGUACACGCAAUAGUGAAAGCAAGACAGAGUAGUUAAAUCAUUUUCUACCUGUUACAGGUGGAUAUUAUUUGCUUGUUUACACAUUAAAGAAUUAAGGGAAAACAAAUGUCAACAAAGCACUCCUACUCGUUAAAUCUGGAAAUUCAAUACCUUUCGGCAAGGAAUUGGGGUAAUUCCUAAUAGCCCAGAUUAUUCAGAGAAUGUUUUUAUUGAUAUAGUAUUAUGCUUCAUGAGUGUGCAGCCUCUGUACUUUUAUUAGAUUUUAGUCACUUUGUCAGUAUAGAUUUGCAUGAGGGAAAAGCAUGCUAGUCUACGGUGAGUUCCAAAUCUCCGAUUAGAGCCGAAUCGGAACGCACCGCUGGAAUUGUGUGUGAGUGAAUGUUUUAGACUAAAGGUAUGACUUAUUUUUGCCUUACUUUUGUAACUAAAAUAGGUCCUGUAUCACUAAGGCCAUUAUUACAGAGUACAACUACAAUAAUCCUGU